AAGGUAUACUCAAAAAGGGUUUGUGAAUAACCCAGAACCAAUCACAGUCGCACCUUCGCUCCCCAAAUUUGCUGCCACUCUGCUGAGCCACCACAGCUUUGCCCCACAGCCAUUUGCUGCAUCGACCAGAGAAUCAUGGCCAGCAGACCUGAAGAUGAACACAAGGAACCAGUAAAUGAACAAGCAGUUGCAAAUAAGUAUGGUGCUAUGAGGUCUGAACUCAACCAAAUUUACUCAAAAAUCACUGAACUAGAGAUGGAAGUGAGUGAGCACUCACUGGUCAUCAAUGCUAUUCAGCCACUUGACCCAUCUAGACGGUGCUACCGGAUGAUUGGAGGUGUUCUGGUGGAGAGAACAAUCAAAGAAGUCUUGCCUGCUGUCCAGCGGAAUAAGGAGGGGAUUGAGGAGGUUAUUGUUAGGCUCAAUGAGGCCUUGGAAAGGAAGAAAAAGGAAAUUGCUGACUUCGAGUCGAAGUACAAAAUUAGGAUGAGAAAGUCUGAUGGUGAGACAACGGAUGAUAGCAGCCGUAAGGAAGGUUCUGCCCAGGGAGUCCUUGUUGGCCCUGCAGGCGGCAGUGAAUGAUCGUUUCGCCCCUUUAUUUUCUCAAUAUUGUUACAUAUACUUUCCUUUAGUUUUGUACUGGGCAUUGAAGACUAGGGUUUUUGGUUGAUCAAGAUAGUAGACUGUAACAAGUAUUGCUGAAUGUGAGUUUGUUUGUGUCUGUUACUUUUGUAUGAAGAGGGAGCAUCUGGCUUGCAUUCAUACAAAUGAUGCUGAGGUAAAUUGCUGAGCAAGACUUGAUCUGAAGAUAAUGACCCACUAAUCUUUUGCGAACACUAUUGAGGCGAAAAUUCUAUAGGUGCAGUAUCUUCAUCUUU